UGACUAAGUGGAACGCGCUAUAAAUGCCCCCGCUCUAACAGCUUCCUUACUCCACUGAAAGAGGCGGUGAAGGUUUCUUAGCUGUGCGAGAGUCACGCCAGAGCUCAGGCAGGAUGAAACUCUUCAUUGUAGCCGCUGCUGUGGUGACCGUGGUCUACUCGGCCAGCCUGACCCUAGAAGAUCUCGAGUUUCACGCGUGGAAACUUAAGUACGGGAAGUCCUACAGCUCCCAUGCGGAGGAGGCCCGGCGUAAAGGGACCUGGCUGUCCAACCGCAAGCAGGCUAUCGUGCACAACAUGCUGGCAGACCAGGGCAUCAAGUCCUACAGGCUGGGGAUGACCUUCUUUGCAGAUAUGGACAACGAGGAGUACAGGCGCGUGGCGUUCCGGGGCUGCCUGGGCCGCUUCAACACCACCAAGGCCAGGCACGGCUCCACCUACCUGCGGCAGGCAGGGGGCGCCAAUCUGCCCGACAGCGUUGACUGGACAGCAAAGGGAUACGUCACAGAGGUCAAGGACCAGAAGGACUGUGGCUCAUGCUGGGCCUUCAGCACGACAGGGUCUCUGGAAGGGCAGAACUUCAGAAAGACUGGGAAGCUGGUGUCUCUGAGCGAGCAACAGCUGGUCGACUGCUCUACGGACUAUGGGAACUACGGCUGUGGAGGAGGCCUGAUGGACCAGGCCUUCCAGUACGUCAUUGAUAACGGAGGCAUCGACACUGAGGAAUCCUACCCCUACGAGGCCGUGGAUGGACUAUGCCGAUACAAGCCGAGCAGCGUGGGAGCCACCUGCUCUGGGUAUUCUGACAUUACCAGCGCAGACGAGAGCGCCCUGCAGGAGGCUGUGGCCACUGUGGGGCCCGUGUCUGUGGCCAUUGAUGCAGGACAUGUUUCCUUCCAGCUCUACGAGUCAGGUAUCUACAAUGAGCCAGAGUGCAGCAGCUCUGACCUGGACCACGGUGUCCUGGCUGUGGGGUAUGGCUCUUCUAAUGGUAUGGACUACUGGCUGGUAAAGAACAGCUGGGGUCUCUCUUGGGGAGAUGGCGGCUACAUCAGGAUGAGCAGAAACAAGAACAACCAGUGUGGGAUUGCUACAGCAGCCAGCUAUCCUCUAGUCUAGAAGGUCCAGAGCAACAGUUUUUCCACAGGAACAAAGGGAAAAGUAAAUCACAGAAUGAAUGUGCAAUAAUACCUCACUGUGUUUAUUAAAUGUAGCUUGUAUUUUCAAAACUUUUAAAAUUGGUUGAACAUCUUCUCAACAUCUGUGCUUUCUGAAAGUCAUUUGUGAAACCUACAUGAGAAAACUCCUUUUGAUCUGAGAUUUACAUAUUUCACAAGGUAUCAAAACCAGCCUGCUGUUUUGCUUGUUUCUGUAUUUGGAUAUAAUUGCUAACAAAAAGACAUUUUUAUAGUACAUGUUGACUCUUGAGUUCAAUUCUAAAUGGUAGAGGCCCAGGUUAACUCUAACAUUGAAAUGAUGCACUAUUUUUAACAGCGGCACAUUGUAAUGUUAACAACAAAACACCUUUUAACAGCUGUGUCUGAGCACAGGCAACAAUUUUAAAAAGGAGUAAAGUAAAAAAGCGACAGGUAAAUAGAAUGAAAGAAACACUUAAAAAGAAACACUUUAAUGUUUUAAUAGGUAGAAAUGGCAUUGUGAUUAUUCUAACUUUAUGUGCCCAGAACUUCCAUUAAUGUAGGUGACAUGCUGGUCUCUGAUUAAUUUAAUUUAACCUUUUUUUAGCAAGGUAAGUUGUUUGAGAACAAAUUCUUAUUUUCAAUGACAAGCUGGUCGUGAGACUUGGUUCUUGAUAAUAGUGGCCAAGCGCUGCACUUUAAAUAGUCAAAACAGAUUUAAGCAUGAGAACAGACACAUUCAAAAUGUGAAAAUAAUAGCAAAACAAGAGCAACUUCACUUAUAGAACAGCUGAGGAGAUUUACAGUGCAAUGACGAAUCAAACUUGUUAAAACAAGGAUUGAUUACUUUAAAAAAAUUAUAUAUCAUUUUAUAUUAUACAGUAUAUAAAAAAUAAAAUAGAAUUAAGGACACAGUUAAUGGCUUUCAGAAGUGUGCUGUAAGUUGAAUGGUGCCAAGACUAUGAGAGUUCAAAUGAAUGAUUUAUAACUUCUAUUAUUUUAUAUUUCCUUAUAGAGAACCAAGUACUGGUGCAGAAUCAAAAUGUCUUUAUUCCUCAGGGGACACUACUAGCACUAAAGUUGUAAACAAGUUGUAAUAGUCUUAAGACGUUAAAAGCAAGCAAGGGUGUUUUUUGAUUUUUCUUACAGAUUUCGAAGUACUGUCAGAGGAUGAAUACCUCUGUACUGUUGGGUUUCUUUUUUGUCACUUAGUUUUUAAUGUGUGCCAUCAUGCCAAAUCUUGAUUAAGAACAGCUACAAUGAAUGUUAAAUAUUUUUCUAUCAUAUGAUUGUAAUUCUGGGUAAAAAUAACUGUAUAUUACAAUUAAAUGUGCAUUUCUGAG